UAUUACGUAAAACGUGUCGUGUGGUGUAGAGGUUGGACCCAUCCCCAGCAACGUCAACCUGCAGGAGGAAAGAUUUGCAUUUCCUUCACUUUCGAAGAUCACGUAGAUCAUUAAGUAAAACGUGUCAUGUGGUGUAGAGGUUGGGUGAGAAUUGGACGUGUUUCAUAAUUAUCAAGCAGGUACAAUAGCCGCAAGGCUUAAGAAGUGAAUAAGGAUGAGAAAAAGUGGUAUAAAGGGAGAGAGAAAAGGCGACAGAGAUCAGUCGAGUGUGCAUAUCUCCGACCCGGCAACAACUGUGGUGUACUAUUUGUCACCAACAGCAUUCUUCCUAUUCGUAAUUGUUGUGAACUAUGGCGUCGUUCUGCCGUUGGUUAUCGUUUAUUGCUGGGUUGACCACUGUUGUACCGGUGUCUCAUGGGAUGGCGGAUACCAAACCGCAACGUCGCCGCCCAACUACACAACGUCAUACGUAACAACCAGUUACUACACCGAGGCCCACAAGAACUCCGAUCCCAGCUACUAUACCGAGGCCCACAAGUACUACACCAUCAAGGCAUCGGAGUAUUUCACCACAACCUACGCUGCCACAGCUUACUACACCGAGGCUCCCAAGUAUUACUCUGCUCCAGCUUACUACACCGGGACCCCCAAAUAUUACUCUGCAUCCAGCUACAUACCCACAACUGAGGCAGUAUUUAUUACUACACAGCUUUUUUUUCAUCGUUCUACGGUGAUCCGAAUUAUUACUCCGAGGUUCGCAGUUUACUACACCAAAAUCUACGCUGCCCCCAGCUACUACACUGAAGCUCCUGUUUACUACAAUACUAAGGCACCCGAGUAUUAUACCACAACCUAUGCCUCUCCAGCAUUCUACAAGAAGAUUUAAUACCCUAUCCGAAAUGUUUAUAUAAGAGCUACUGUUGCUUCAGUCGCUUCGAACGAGCUUUUGACGGUGCUUGGACGAAUUUCAUUUUCUGGGCAAGUUACGAAAGAAACAUACUGUUAGGUGUUUGUUCUAAACUUACUCUUAAAUUUUUAAUCAACUGCGUAGCAAAUGGACUUUCAGGCAAAUAUUGUAUUCAGUUUUAGAGUCAUUGAUCUACAGACUCUUAAAAUAAAUUACCAAGUCCCUUUGAAA